AUGGGCUUCGGUCAGUUUGAUACGAUAUGCGAGAAAGCGCUGGUGCCGUUGUGUUCCCUGGUCGGCCCGUCGUCCACGAUCUCUGGAUCCACGGGCCUGAUAUCCAAUUGCUAUGCGAGGAACAUUGAAGUCGCAAAUACCAUCAUUUUCGAAGGUGCUGCAUCUUUCAUGCAUAUCUUGGCACUCAGCAUGACAGUCAUCAUGAUCCUGCAUGUUCGGUCCAAAUUUACUGCAGUCGGCCGCAAGGAAAUCAUUACAUUCUUCUACAUCUACCUAGCACUGACCAUCUUUUCACUCAUCAUUGAUGCUGGUGUCGUCCCUCCAGGAACGGGGCCAUUCCCGUACUUUGUAGCUGUCCAGAACGGUCUGGUCUCAGCGCUCUGCACCUGUCUCCUCGUCAAUGGCUUUGUCGGCUUCCAGCUUUACGAAGACGGCACAGCUCUUUCAGUCUGGUUGAUUCGAGUUCCUUCUGCGAGCAUGUUCGCGCUAUCGUUCGUGAUCUCGUUGGCAACUUUCAAGUCAUGGGGCUCCAUGGGCCCUCAGAACACCACAGGCUUGUUCGUUGUGCUCUACAUCCUUAACGCAAUCUGCAUCGCGGUGUAUCUAGUUAUGCAGAUCCUUCUUGUUGCAAACACAUUAGAUGAUCGCUGGCCGCUCGGGCACAUCUCAUUCGGCGUGCUGGUCUUCAUCAUUGGGCAGGUCCUUCUGUACCAAUUCAGUGAUGUGAUCUGCAACAAUGUUCAGCAUUAUCUGGAUGGUCUUUUCUUCGCUACUUUUUGCAAUCUACUGGCUGUCAUGAUGAUCUACAAGUUUUGGGAUUCAAUUACCAAGGAAGAUCUUGAAUUCUCUGUUGGUGUCAAACCAAACACCUGGGACAUCAAGGAGCAAUUGCCUGAAGAGGAACGCCGGGCGACUGUUUACCCAGACAACAACUCUGAGUACGCAGGCAGCAUGUACCACCACCGGUCGUCGAACUACGGCCAUCAUAAUUACUAA